AUGGUACCCCACAUCCUACACCACCAUGCUUCUGUCAUGUCCACUAUGGAAGGGGACUCCCCUCCUAUGCUGAUUGGUCACCCAAUCCAAGAAGAAAGCCCCGUUGCUAAGAAUUACCAACACAUCCUGGCUAUGGCAUUUGCUGUAAAGGAAAUAAAUGAAAACCCUCAAAUCUUAUCCAAUCUCACCUUGGGCUUCCGUAUUUAUGACAGCUAUGAUAAUGCUCAAAGGACUUAUCAGGCUACAAUGCUUUUUCUCUCAUCAGCGGAGAGACUGAUACCCAACUACAGCUGCAACAUCCAUAAUAAUUUAAUAUCUGUUGUUGGAGGAUUGGAUGCUGAAAUCUCUCUUCACAUCUCCACCAUCUUGGAUAUCUAUAAAAUUCCACAGCUUAUUUAUGGUUCGGCUCCGUUGAUGAAUGAAAAAUCUCCAGAACUCACUUUUUAUCAGAUGGUUCCUCCAGAUCUGCUUCAGUAUGCAGGGAUUGUCUCACUGCUCCUACAUUUUAGGUGGACGUGGAUUGGGAUCCUUACCAUGGAUGAUGAUCAAAGUGAAAAAUUUGUACAAACUGUGAUUCCAGUUUUUUCCAAAAGAGGGAUUUGCUACUCUUUCAUUGAAAAAAUUGACAAAUUUACUGAUAUAGAUGGACUUUAUAAUAUGAUUCAGAAAGGAGUAAAAAUCUAUGAUCAAGUCAUGAGUGGUAAAGCCAAUGCAUUUGUGAUCUAUGGGGAGUCCUUCACCAUGAUAUUUUUGAGAUGGUUGCAAUAUAUACCAAGUAUAGAAAAGACAAGUGCUAAACCAAAAGGUAUUGUGUGGAUAAUGACAGCCCAGAUAGAGCUGACUUCCUCAGCAUUUCAACGUUCCUGGAGUACAGAAAUAAUCCAUGGUGCCCUUUCCUUCUCAAUGCCCUCUGCUUAUCUACCAGAGUUUCGGUCAUUUGCUGCAAAGCAAAACCCCAUCUUCAGUAGAAAGGAAAAUGGAUUUAUCAGUCAGUUUUGGCAAGAUGCCUUCAACUGUGUUUUCUCAGAUGAGGUUGUGAGUGAUGUGCCCGAAGACAUCUGUACUGGGAAAGAGAAUCUGAAGAGCCUUCCUGCAUCUAUUUUUGAAAUAGACAUGACUGGCCAUAGUUACAGUAUCUACAAUGGUAUUUAUGCAAUAGCUCAUGCUUUCCAUGCCAUAUCCACAUCUAGAUAUAAACAUAGACCAAUGGGGGUCAGAGGAGGAGAAUUUGGUUUAUUUAUUUAUUUAUUUGCUCAGCUUCAUUACUUUCUAAGAGGAGUCUCUUUUAACAAUAGUGCUGGGGACCAGAUCUCCUUUGAUCAAAAUGGCAUAGUAAGAGCUGGAUUUGAUAUUAUCAACUGGAUUGCUUUCCCAAACAAAUCAUUUCUUCGUGUAAAAAUUGGGAAGGUGGAUCACCGAGCUCCUCCAGAUCAAGGUUUAACUAUCAGUGAUGACCCCAUUACAUGGCACAUUCUGUUCAACCAGGUGCAGCCUAUUUCUAUCUGUACUGAGAGCUGUUACCCAGGUUUCAGCAAGAAAGUCAAGGAAGGGCAGCCAUUUUGCUGCUAUGAUUGCAUCCCCUGCCCAGAUGGUAGCAUUUCAACUGAGAAUGACAAAAAUGAAUGCUUUAGAUGCAAAGAUGAGUAUUAUCCCAGCAUAAGAAAAGACUUCUGUGUUCCAAAAAAUGUCAGUUUCUUGACUUACAAAGAACCUUUAGGGUUGAGUUUAGCCUGUCUUGCACACUCUUUUUCCCUAGCCACAGUUCUGGUGCUAGGAAUAUUUGUGAAGAACCAUAACACUCCCAUCGUCAUAGCCAACAAUCGGGAUCUGACCUACAUUCUCCUCAUCUCUCUCCUGCUCUGCUUCCUUUCUGCACUUCUAUUCAUUGGCCAGCCUGGAAAAGUGACCUGUCUUUUGCAAAAAACUACCUUUGGAAUGGUCUUCUCAGUGGCUGUUUCUUCUAUCUUGGCAAAAACUAUCACAGUGGUUCUAGCAUUUAUGGCUACCAAACCAGGUUCCAGAAUGAGAAAGUGGGUGGGGAAGAAAUUAACCAAUUCCAUUGUUGUUUCCUGCUCCCUUGUCCAAGCAAGCAUCUGUACUUUAUGGCUGUUAAUGGCUCCCCCUUUCCCAGAUGUUGAUAUGGUCUCAGUGCCUGAAGAAAUUGUACUACAAUGUAAUGAAGGCUCUGUGAUCAUGUUUUAUUGUGUUCUUGGCUAUAUGGGUUUCCUGGCUCUUAUCAGCUUCACUACAGCUUUCCUUGCUAGGAAGUUACCGGACAGUUUCAAUGAAGCCAAGUUCAUCACCUUCAGCAUGUUGGUCUUUUGCAGUGUUUGGUUGUCCUUUGUCCCAGCAUAUUUGAGCUCCAAGGGAAAAUAUAUGGUGGCUGUGGAGAUCUUUUCCAUCUUAGCCUCUGGUGCUGGGCUUUUAUUUUGCAUCUUUUCCCCAAAAUGCUUUGUCAUUGUGUUGCAACCAGAACUGAAUAAUAGGGAACAAUUAAUUAGAAGAAAAGAAUGA